CAUACAGCAGUAGUAACUUUGAUUGUUAUAAGUCAACGUCUUUGCAGUAGUUCACUGCAGAUCUGAUUUUGCAGAUCGGGGAUGCCAUGGGCCGUUCCGGAGCUCUGUCAGUGCUUAAGCAGCUAAGAGUAUGGACGCUGGUGGUGUUGGCGCUUCUUUUUCGUGACAGUCAGGCAAGACAUAACCACUGCUGUCUGGCAUACUCCAUCAGCCCUCGAGGGGGCAUCAAAGCACAAACUAGCCGGCCACCUACUCUAGCGGGGACAAGAGUUAGCCCGUGGCACGCGGCAACACCGGGCGUUAGAGGAAGGGAGGGCGGCGGCGGCGGUGGGCUUCGAUCCACGGCGGCGGCAUCGGCGCCAGGCGGUGACGGGGGAGGACAGGCCGGGCUGGAUGAACGGCAGGAAGAUGAGGGGAAGACGGGCGUGCAAGGGCAAGAGGCGGCGUUUGAGUGGACAAGGCAGUGGUACCCGGUGGUGGUGAUGAGAGACCUGGAGGCUCGCGACCCGCGGCAACCGUACCCCGUCAAGCUGCUGGGAGAGUCGCUGGUGGUUUGGAAGGACCCCAAGGACGAUGGCUGGAAGGCAUUCACCGAUAAGUGCCCUCAUCGAUGGGCGCCCCUGUCGGAGGGACGAGUGAACCAGGAAACCGGCCGCUUGCACUGCAUCUACCAUGGAUGGGAGUUUGAAGGGGACGGUAAGUGCGGGAGCAUUCCUCAGGCAAACCCGGACGCCCGCGACAUCGCCCAGAACUCGAACAGGCAACUAAUGGCCUGCGCUACGGUAUUGCCGACGCAGGUCGUGCAGGGCAAGCUGUGGGUGUGGCCGGACUCGAGUCCCGAGGGGGUCAAGGCCAGCGAGAGCGUGGCCCCGGUGGUCGUGCCCAACUUGGAUCUGGAUAACGGGGACUGGGGCAGCAACUGGUACGCAAGGGACCUGGCGUACGGUUUCGACACUCUGGUGGAAAACCUCGUCGAUCCGGCACACAUCCCCUUCGCUCACCACGGCGUCAUCGGUCAACGGGCUCAGGGUAGUCCGAUGGCCAUCGAGUUGGAAGAGCUGGCACCAGGCGAAGAAGGGUUCUUGACGAAACCCACGGGCUACAGUGGGCGCGAUCUCAUGCGGGUGAGCUUCAGGCCGCCGGGCCUUGUCUACUACGAGAACGACUACACCAAGUCACUGCCCUUCAUGGCGAAGGGUCUGCCCCCGCCCCUCCGGGUUGUGUACUGGGCGAUGAAGAAGUUCAACCUGGACAAGCGCGUGGCGAUGGAGCGGACGGACAGGGACCCAAGCGACCGGUGCCUCUUUUACUUCAUCGGAUACGCGGUGCCCACCUCCCCCGGCCGGUGCAGAAUAUUCACAAGGUCCCCCCGCAACUUCUUCCUGCAGCAUCCCGUUAUCCCGCGGCGCUGGCGCAACAGUCUCGCAGGGGAGCACCUCGGUCAACACAAGGUGCUGGACGGGGACAGCACCGCCCUUCACGUGCAGGAACGAUAUCUACUGAACGCCGGUCAACAAGGCGUCAAGCAGCCGGAGAGAACCUUCUACAUGCCAACGCAGGCGGACGUGACGAUCAGGGCCUUCCGGAAGUGGUACAACUCCCGCGGAGGUGGAGGUCCUCCGUGGGCCCAGGGGGUUGACCCUUCCGACCUGGGUCCGGUUCUCCCCCGCGAGGAGAUCUUGGACAGGAUGGUCGCGCACACCAAGGACUGCUCCGCCUGUGGCAAGGCUUACCGAGUGUCGGGCAGGGUGAAGAAGGCGGCCGUCGGAGGGGCGUUGCUGUUCCUGACGGGGGCGGCGGUGGCUCCGCGGGGGGCGCUGGCUCUCAAGCUUGCCGCCGGGGCCCUCGCGAAUGCGGGCCUCGCGGUUGCCAUGGCGAAACGUCAGCAAGAGUUUGUUUUCGUUGACUAUGUCCACUACGACCGAGAGUAAUACAAUUGUAGCAGGACAAAGGCUGUGGCGCGCACGCCGCGGCGAUGGAAGGGGGGGCGGGGGGCCUGGGCGCGAGUUGUCAAUCUUUUUUGUGUCGCACACCGUAGCUUGACCGGGUUUGGCGUGCUCGCCGGUGCCACAGGUGGGCAUGAUGAAAACGUACCGGGUCAGGCCAGUACACUGCUGGUAUUGGCGUUGACAAUGGGAUGCGUAGACGGUAGGGAGAAAUUGAGUUCGACAGGGGGUGGGUUCGGCACGCCUUUCCCUUUUGUAGACUGCCCCUCGGGUCUUGCCUAAUAGCGCUGAGUCCUCGUGAUUUGUUUUUGCGAUGCACGUCUUGCUCCCUUGUGUGUGUGUGUGUG